AUGAGUGAGCUCCAGAAAUCCUUCGCCAAGUCCAAACUGGCCAAGUUGCCUCCAGAGGCCCCGAUGUUCGACACAAUUACCCAUCUGGAAGAGAGCCGCGAGGAGGACGGCUCUUCCGCCUCCUCCGUUUCUUCCACAGGAACCCUCAUGCCGUCCCCAACGCGGCAUUUAUUUGCCCGGACGGGCUCAGGAUCUUCUCAAUCAUUAGCGUGGUCGGACUUCUUUUCCCAGGAGCUGUUUCUUCCGGAAGAAGUGGACGACCUCCACAUCACACAUCAUGCCUACCUAACGCCGCCCACGGGAACAGGGCCUCUUUUCAUCAUGCACCACGGUGCAGGCUCAUCUGGUCUUUCUUUCGCCACGUGCGCUGAUGAGAUACGGAAGAUUCUCCCCAAAGCGGGGUUCCUGUCUCUCGACGCGAGAGGUCAUGGGCGGACAACGAUGACAUCAAAUUCCAAGCCACUUGAGACUGAAACCCCAUCCAUCGCGGCUGCUGCCCAGUCCGAAGCUGAUGGAGAGAUUAAGCUCGAUCUGAGUCUGGAGACCCUGAGCCGGGAUCUUGUCUUCAUUGUGCGCCAAACGCAAGCAAAGAUGCGCUGGGAGAGUCUUCCCGAUAUCGUCCUUGUUGGACAUAGCCUCGGCGGUGCGGUGAUCACAGAUGUGGCGAAGAAUGGCGAGCUUGGUCCCAAGGUGCUGGCGUACGCAGUUUUAGAUGUUGUGGAAGGAUCCGCCAUGGAUGCCCUGCAAAGCAUGGAGACAUACCUCUCUACCCGGCCAACCAGAUUCCCCUCGCUAGCUUCUGGAAUCGAGUGGCACACCCGAUCCCGCACAAUUCGCAACACGGCCUCAGCUCGAGCUUCGGUCCCAUCCUUGAUUUAUGAGGAAACCAAGUCCCCAGACACAACACGCCCAUGGGUGUGGCGCACUAAUCUCUCUGCAACGAAACCAUUCUGGGAGAAUUGGUUCAUUGGCCUAAGCCGGAAAUUCCUCGAUGCGCGGGGCGGCAAACUGCUACUCCUUGCCGGGACAGACCGACUAGACAAAGAGCUGAUGAUCGGGCAAAUGCAAGGUAAGUAUCAGCUCCAGGUCUUCCCCGAAGCGGGGCAUUUCAUCCAAGAAGAUCAGCCAGUCAAGACGGCACAGGUCUUGGUGGAUUUUUAUAAACGUAACGACCGCAGUGCAUUGGUGCUCCCACCUAAGGUGGCGGAUAUGCAGGCUGCUGCUGCAAUGAAGAAGAGCGCCGGGACAAAUGCCGUCUUGUGGGCAAUUUCGACGUAUGAUUGCUACGACUAG